UUUGGUUAUCGGUGGUUUUGUAUCUCAGUAUCUGAAAUAUUCACAACAAGUCGGGUGGUUUGGUGCCUUGCGGUGUUUUAGGUUUUUCUUUCUCAUAUUUCUUGAUUGCUUCUUGUGUCUCGCGCGGAUAGUUACAAGUGUUUUAAAAUAACUAUUGGGGCCUCCUCCAAACAAUCAACUGGUGGUCGUUGACUCUAAACAACAAUACAAAAUGCGUUGUGUGGUGCAUUAACAGAAGUGCAAUAUCGAAAAAAUAUUCUUAAAAUAAUAUUAGUUACUAAAAAAAUGGAAACAAAACCAAAAUAAAUUACACUAUUUUGAGCUGUGGAUUAUUUAAUAGUUUUGUGACAAAUGUAACAGUAAAAUUAUUAAUAUUUUCCCCCCAGAAAAACACACAAAAUGUCUUCGAAGCACUGUGGAAAGCUGCAGCGCCUGCUACUGGCGGUAUUUUUCUUUUAUGGCAUGGCAAUUACAAGUGGUCGGAGAAUGGAAGAGGAAAACUUCGGAGGUGGUGGUGGUGGUGGACAACAAGAAAUCCCAAUGGUUUUGCCCAAUAUCAAUGUCGUAGAUGGUAGCAGCAAUAACAACAAUGGCGGCCUGACCACGACAACAGAAGCUGCCAACUCAACAUAUACUGUAAACAAUGUGGAAACAACACCAGACUAUUGUUUUACCAUGGAAGAGAAUAUGUGCCUUAACUUUUUCAGCAACAAUCAAACGGAUAAACCCAAUCAACAGGUCACCGCCAACACGUGUAUGUGUCGACAAUAUCCGAAUUCUUUGAAUACAUCGCAAAACAAUUGGUAUUGUUGCAAUAUUACUCACUUGACAAUGAUCUCAACGUGUCCGAACUAUAAUAAUUGGACCAAUCUGCAUAUUUACAAUAUGACAAUGCCAGAAAUUGAUUUGUCAUCGCCCAUAUUUCAAACGCUACAAUCCUUGGCCAUCACGGAUGGUAAUAUAACGAAUAUUGUAAAGAAAUUUUCGCGAAUGUGCAAAGUGAAAUGUUUGAAUUUAUCCAAUAAUAAUUUGUCGAAUGUCACAAUGAAGGCAUCGGUCAUGUUGAAAUUCCUCAAUCUCUCGAACAAUAAUCUCACCGAGAUACCGCAAAUAACACCAAAUCAUAAUAUUACAUUGGACAUAAGACAAAACAAACGCAUGCUGUGCAAUAAUUUGAUGGCCACCAUUUUUCGAGGAUCCUUUAAAUUUGUCUCGCCCAAUAGUACAUAUUGCCUGUUGGAUUCGGCCUUUAAUUGGUUCAAUUCAACGGAUUACAUAGCCAUAAGUCAGUUGGAUAUAAUCAGAAGAUUCUAUACAGAUUGUCCUGUGAUACCGGGUAAGGGUAAUUGUACCUGUAAUCCAGAGCACAUGUUAUCGGCGGGUGAUCCAUCCAAAAAUAAAAUAUUCUGUCGUGUAGACUGUUCCAAUUUGGGUCUUACAGAAUUGCCGCCGAAAUUGCCGGAAAAUACAUUUCAAUUGAAUAUUACGAAUAAUAAUAUAACCGUUAUUGGUGACCAUUUCCACAAUAAUCCCACCUAUCAAAGCAUUGUGAAAUUAUUUGCCGAUAAUAAUCGUAUUGAGUCCAUGCAUGACCUGGAAGGUACACAGUUUAUGGAUCAUUUUCAAAAGUUAUACCUUCGAAAUAAUCAGCUGAAAAGGCUCCCGGAGUAUCUCCUAACAAAUGUGUUGGACAGCAAUGUUGGACGAGUCAUCUUUUUGGGUGGCAACAAACUAAUGUGUGAUUGUAAUUCGGCCAAAGUGUUAAAGCUAUGGCUAUUGAAAAGAAGUCGUGAUAUUCCCGAUUACAAUGAAAUCUUAUGCCGUAAUAUGCCACAACGUAUUAUGGAAUUACAGGAAUUAAAAGUGUGUCAAUCGCCACACGAUUGGACUGAUUAUGUUUACUAUUUAAUUGCCACCGAGGUUAUUUUAUUGGUGGCCUUGAUAACGAAAGUUUCCUAUGAUUAUUGGGUGUUCAAAACAGCUGGAUAUUUGCCAUGGCCAGCGAGUAAAAUGCCAAAAUUACCGUGUGAUUGGCUUUGUGAGUCAUAAUUUUAAAUUAUUUUUUAGGCUCUUUAAGAUAAAAAAAAUAUAUUUUUUAGAAUUUAUAAGCUUUAAAUGUUAAACUAAGUGUAAAACAUAAAA